CUCCUCGUCUGUUGAAUGGCUGUACAGGUGGAGUAUUUUGAAGACAACCAACGAGGCAGCUUGGGAAACCCUGAACCUGCAGCAGAGACUGUUCGCAAAGUCACUUCAGUGGAUGGCCCCAGAAGUGGAGGCCAGAUGGAAAUUGGGUCACAUGACCGCCCCCAGGAAGGCGCGCUGAGCCUGGAACUGGCCAAUGGGGUGAAUCGCUUCCCCAAUGAUGAAGCCUCAUCUAUGGAAACAGAUCAGCAGAGGGCAGGGAGUGUGCCCCCUAGGCAGUGCUGGGUGUCAGGACAUGGAAAGGUCAGUGACACCCAACAACAAUGUUGGAACGGCAGCAGCGGUCUCACCCCUGGUGAACCUGUCCACCACGCAAACAUGGAGGACGCCCACAACCUGGUGGCUUUCUCUGCUAUAGCCGGCUCCCUGCCUCCUUCUUCCUCCUCCUCCUGCCCCGUGAAGCCUAACACAGGCCGGCUCUAUGAGAAGUUCACCAAAGAGGUGGGUGCUGAUGGAGUUCAGGCCAAACCUGAGGGAAGCUGCCAAACUCCAGAAGACUUGAACACUCUCCAGUCAGCACUGAGCCAAGCUAAGCAUGGACACAAGCCCCCCAACUGCAACUGUGAUGGGCCUGACUGUCCAGACUACCUUGAGUGGCUGGAGAAGAAGAUUAAGUUGGCCAAUAGUGGGGAUCAAGGUGGCUGCAAGACGGCGGAGGCUCCCCCACACGUACACCCUCAUCUGCAGCAUCCCCAUUUGCAGCAUCACCCUCAGCCCUACCCCCAGAUGAAUGGUGGCCACCGUCUGUCUUCUCCCUAUCCCCAGCAGCAGGGAUCUCAAGGCCCUCACUCAGUCCAUAUGCCCUGCCCCAAACCCCCAAUUCCCUGCUCUCCCCAGGUGCUCUCCAUAGCCAAGGAAAAGAACGUCAGUCUGCAGACAGCCAUCGCAAUAGAAGCUCUGACGCAGUUAUCUGGUGCUGGUCCACAAGCUGCCGGAUCUCCCUACAACAGUAACCUCCAUCACCACCAACAUACCCACAACCUCCAAUCUCAACCCCCCAAUGGCACUAGCGUGAUCCCGUCCUCUCCCGGCCCCCAAUCAUCCUCCUCACGCUCUCAAUCCGUCCCUCCAGGACUACACACCAUCCAGCAGGCCCCAGGGUCCUGCGAGCACCACAGACCCCAUUCCCAGGGCCAGCCACCCGAUGCUUCCCCUCUCCCCUCCUCUACCUCUCCUUUCCCAGGCCAGGGAAAACAUCCAGGCUUCAGCCCUAAUCCCCAGCAGUGGCAGCAGGGUGCAGGUAGAGGCUCUGAACAGAGGAACCCGUGGAUGUGUGUUAAAUCUGAGCCCCAGUCUCACUACGCUGCCGCGCCUCACAGCAGCUCAGACCCCAUGUCAGAGCUUAAACAGCUGCUUGGUGACACCAGCAGCAAGUUUAGCAAUUUCAAGCUUCCAGUCCCACAACAGCUGAAUCAGAAUGGAGGUGUCCAGGUCCAGGACAACCCAGCAUUGGCCAGGAUAAAGCAAGAACCGGACUCUGGUGAGCACUACCAUCACACUGCCUCCAUGGGGCAUUACGGCAUGGCUAAUGGUCAGCAGCUGGGUCAGCACUACCCUGGCAGUCCUCUAUCUCCUGGCCAGGCAGCCAUCCGCCACUCCACUCAGGCAGCUCUGCAACAGCACCUUCACUACAAGAGGAACCUCUUCUCUAACCACUCCCCUGUCUUUGGAGCACCAGGCCCCCGUGCACCUAUGGCUUGUCAAAACUUGAAAAAAUGGUGGCCACAGAUGGAGGCAGAAGGGUUGCCACAUCUGCCCAUCAAACAGGAACCCAAGGAACCCAAGAGGAGAAAAAGCAGCCAAGGUUCUCCUGUUGUUAAAGCUACGAGCGGGAUGCUUGCAGUCCCUCCUCUGCCCAAACCCAAGCCGAUAAUCAUCAAGAAGACCAAGCAGAAAGCCUCCCUGCCAACCUUCCUGCCUCAGAAUCAGAUCACCGUACAAAAACCAUCAGUCCUCGCGAUGGACAGAGCCGCAGCCCUGGCCGGCCUGCUACCCUCUCAACCCAUCCACAGUAACUCCACUCAGGCUGCUGCUGCAGGCCUCCCUGCCCCAGCCCAAUCUCAGGUAUCCAUUUCCAACUCCUCAAUGACUCCCUCUUCCACUGUUUCUGCUUUGUCUGAAAACACUCCGGUCCUCAUGGGCCACAUUCUCCCAUCUGUGGCCCUGUUUCCUAAAUCAGAUGGAGUGGGCAUCUUGGCCUCCAGUAACACCAGCACACCUGUGACCUCCACAUCUCCAUCCAGCACUUCACAAUUACAGAGUGUCAUGAACAUAGACCCCAAGUAUGAAGAACUGAUCCGGCAGUUUGAGGCUGAAUUUGGGGACUCGGCCUCAGACGCACCUGCCACUCAGUCCAUGGAGACGUCUACAGACCCUCAGCCGCUGAACCGGUCCCAGACAAGUUCUCAGGACCUCAGUCCCACAUCAUCGACUCCCUUAAUUCACAACUCUCAAACCAGCUCCACACCUCAUCCAGACGAUCGGGAGAUGGACGUCAACAAGUCAGGGACCCAAAGUGAAGCAACCAUGAACAAGACACCUACAGAAAGCCCUAAGGUGGAUAACAAUCAGCACCAGGAGGCCAGGAGACUUGAGGAUAUGUUCAGCAUGCCGUGUUCUUCACUGCCCAAGCGUAUGAAGAUCGAAUCCUCUGGGGAUAUAACAGUACUUUCCACCACAUGCUACUCUGAGGAGGACACGCCAACUAAGGACGGACUGCCCUCCUCUCCGUCUCUCAGAGGAUUCCUAGAGUCUCCUCUGCGAUACCUGGACACCCCAACCAAGACCUUGCUGGAUACUCCUUCCAAGGAUCUACAGGCAGAGUUCCCCGUCUGCACUUGUGUCG